AUCAUUUCAUUCAAACUUGUCUGCCAUAAUUUAGCCAUGGAGAUAGAUAGUCCUGCAAGCCAUGAGAAAGCAAGUCUGUUCUCUCGUGUGUGGUGGUGGUUCGAGGCCUUGCCUAAGAGGUUGACAGCCAAGGUGAUUGAGACUGCUAGUAACACAAAAAGACUUGCCCAAGAUGACACAAGAAGAGUAACUCAUUCGAUAAAAGUGGGACUUGCACUCUCCUUGGUUUCAUUAUUCUACUACUAUCAACCGCUCUAUGACAAUUUUGGUGUCUCAGCAAUGUGGGCUGUAAUGACUGUGGUUGUCGUCUUUGAAUUCUCUGUAGGAGCCACUCUUGGAAAAGGUUUAAAUAGGGCAUUGGCAACAUUACUAGCGGGUGCUUUAGGACUUGGAGCACACCACUUAGCUAACCUAUUUGGACACAAAGGUGAGCCCAUUUUACUUGGGCUCUUUGUAUUCAUACAAGCUGCUACAUCAACAUUUGUACGGUUUUUCCCAAAAAUCAAGGCCAGAUAUGAUUAUGGGUUGCUGAUAUUCAUAUUGACAUUCUCCUUGAUAUCUGUGUCCGGUUUUCGAGAUGCUGAGAUAUUAGAGUUGGCGCACAAGAGGCUAUCAACCAUUCUCAUAGGUGGCUCAAGCUGUGUGAUUAUCUCCAUUUUGGUUCGCCCUGUUUGGGCGGGUGAAGAUCUUCACAAUGUCAUUGCUCUCAACAUGGAAAAGCUAGCCAACUUCUUAGAACAUCCAUCUGUAAUAGAAUACUUCAAUAAAUCAGAGAAUGGAGACUCUAAUGACGACAAGUCGUUUCUGCAAGGAUACAAAAGUGUUCUCAAUUCGAAAAGUAAUGAAGAAUCUUUGGCAAAUUUUGCAAGAUGGGAACCAUGUCAUGGCCAGUUCCAUUUUCGCCAUCCAUGGAAACAAUACCUUACAAUUGGAAACCGAACUCGCGAAUGUGCAUACCGAAUUGAUGCGCUCAGUGGCCACCUCAACUCCGAUAUUCAAGCAAAGCCAGAAAUUUGCAGUAAAAUCCAGGAGGCAUGCACAACAAUGAGCUUGGAAAGUGGCAAAUGCCUAAGAGAAUUAGCAUGUGGAGUGAGAGCAAUGACUCACCCGUCAUCGGCAAAACCCCAAAUUUCAAAAGCUAAAAUUGCAGCCAAGAAACUCAAAUUGUUUCUCAAGUCAAGCUUAUGGGAACAAGAUGCUGACCUCUUAGCAGUGAUACCAAGUGUCACUGUGGCUUCACUACUAAUUGAUAUUGUAAACUGCACAGAGAAAAUCACUGAUUCUGUGCUUGAGCUUGCCUCCUUAGCACAUUUUGAGAGUGUAGACCCUACUGUAUCCCCAGAAAAAUCACAAGUGGGACAAGGUGAAUCAGAUAAACCGCUCACUGAGAUUGCUUGCCCUCAAGUUGUUAUAAUACUUGAUGGGUCAGAAAAUGAAAAUCCUCCGGGACCCUUGACUAAUAGACACAUUGAAAUGUAAAUAUUUUACUAACAUUUA